GCCAUAGAUUUCCCCCGCCCUCCUCUUCGCGCGCCCCGGUCUGUCUACCAAGCUGUUGAAUUCAGGCGUCUUAAUGCCAGACGUGGGGCUUAUUAUGUGACACGGCUGUUCUGUAUUCUAAGUAUUCCUGUGCUUACGCCUCAACUGCGACAACUCUUACGACAACUAUUAAUCAGUGGAUUACGUUCGUAAGAGUGAAAAACAAUUCGGUGCACUACUAUACGACUGGCAAGAAAAUGUGUCUGGCGUUUGUCGAGAGACGCUGAAAACCAAGGCUUACAGAAUGAAGAGAGGAAGAGUAAACAUCACAUCAAAAUGCCAAGGUUUUGCCAGCACCGAUGGGCGCAUCAAAAGACAAAAGCCUGGUCUCCUUGGACCUUUAUUGGCGCAGAAUGCAGUGGAGGACUGGGGAAGCUUGCCUCACCAUGUGGUGAUGCAGAUCUUUCAGUAUCUGUCCCUAGUGGACCGAGCCAGAGCCUCGUCGGUGUGUCGUCGCUGGAACGAAGUCUUUCAUAUUCCCGAUCUCUGGAGGCGAUUUGAGUUUGAACUGAACCAACCAGCUACUUCUUACCUGAAGUCCACACAUCCGGAUCUGAUUCAGCAGAUCAUCAAGAGACAUGCACAACACCUGCAAUAUGUCAGCUUUAAGGUCGACAGCUGUACAGAGUCGGCGGAGGCAGCUUGCAAUAUACUGUCACAGCUGGUGAAUUGCACCUUAAAAACCCUGGGCCUCAUCUCCACGGCUCGACCCAGCUUCAUGGAUGUGUCACAGUCCCAUUUUGUGUCGGCGUUGACGGUGGUGUUUGUGAACUCCAAGUCGCUGUCCUCCAUCAAGAUCGAUGACACGCCGGUGGACGACCCGUCUCUCAAGGUGCUGGUGGCCAACAACAGCGACACGCUCAAGCUGCUGAAGAUGAGCAGCUGUCCUCACGUCUCCCCGGCCGGCAUUCUGUGCGUGGCUGACCAGUGCCACGGUCUGCGUGAGCUGGCGCUCAACUACCACCUGCUGAGCGACGAGCUGCUAUUGGCCCUCUCGUCAGAGAAGCACGUGCACCUGGAUCACCUGCGCAUCGACGUGGUGAGCGAGAACCCCGGCCAGACGCACUUCCACACCAUCAAGAGGAGCAGCUGGGAGGCGCUCAUACGACACUCGCCCAAGGUAAACAUCGUCAUGUACUUCUUCCUGGAGGAGGAGGAGUUCGAGCCCUUCUUCCGCGAGGAGACGCCGGUGACGCACCUCUACUUCGGCCGCGCCGUCAGCAAGGAGAUGCUGGGCCGCAUCGGCCUCAACUGCCCGCGCCUGGUGGAGCUGGUGGUGUGCGCCAACGGCCUGGAGCCGCUGGACGAGGAGCUGAUGCGCAUCGCCGAGCGCUGCAAGAACCUGACGGCCAUCGGCCUGGGCGAGUGCGAGGUGACCUGCAGCGGCUUCGUGGAGUUCGUGAAGAUGUGCGGCGGCCGGCUGACGCAGCUGUCCAUCAUGGAAGAGGUGCUGAUCCCGGACAACAGCUACAACAUGGAGCAGAUCCACAGCGAGGUGUCCAAGCACCUGGGGCGCAUGUGGUUCCCCGAUAUGAUGCCCACGUGGUAGACGCGAGCGCACACACACAGACACACACACACACACACACACACACACACACACACACACACACACACACACACACACACCAACCUUCUGUUCUUUCAUAGGGUCUGUGCACAAACAUACCGUACAGCACGCACACACACACACAAACACACACAGGCACACACAGUACAGUACUGACUUCACAUCACGGCUCUGAAGGACACUGAACGUACUGUACUGUACAAGUACUGAAGAAGGAUCGCUAAACGGUACUGAGAACUUUGAGUCUGGAAAGAGGAUUUCUUCUCACACACACACACACACGCACACACACACACACACACACACACACACACACACACACACACACACACACACACACACACACACACACACACACACACACACACACACACACACACACACCUACAAAUAUAUAAGUCGUCGGACCUGAAGGACACAGCAUGUGCUGCCCAGCAAGUCUUUUGUGAGGGUUGCCGAAAAGUAGAGUGGCGAUGUCUGAAGAAAAUGUUUGCCUGUUCGUAUCUGUCUCUCUGUGGCUUGACGGACUCUUGAGAAGGUACCACAGAAUUUAAACACAAAUGAGAAAAGAGGUUUUUUUUGCUUUAUAUUCAAGUAUGUUUCAUGGUUGUUUCAUAUGAUGUCGUAAUGACGAUAUAAUAACCUUUUCUGUCUGCUUAGAGAUAGAAGUGGGUUCUGUCUUUUUCGUUUUUUUAGCGACGAUUAUUAUUAUUGCUUUGAUAUGUAACUGUCUACUAUUUAAUUACACAUUUCACUGUGUGAAAUAAUUGGUACAGCAAUCUAUCAAGUGGAUUAUAUCUUUUUAAAUAACAACACAUACAUAUUUAUGCCGAGACAUGGCAUAUUUACGUGCAACCUGACAGUUAAAGGUUUUUUAACAGCAGGCUUUUGAAUCUUGAGGUGUCAGUGUGGAAAGCUAAUUAACAUUUUACAUUUCCCAGAAUAGGCACAAUGUGUAUCAUUUUGGAGAGGAAAUGAUAAAAAAGAAUAUAAGUAUAAACGUAUAUAAGUGGUCACACUGUAUUUGAAUGCAGUCUUCAAGACUGUUCAUGGAGACAGAGAUAGUAAUAUAAUAAUAAUGAUGAUAAUAAGGAUGAAAGAUUGGUUCCAUGUUUUUAGGUGAGUUUGGGUGUGAUUUAGUCGACAUGCCAAUAAAUACAUAACCCCAAUGAAAAUGGAAUCCCAGUCCCACAACAGCAAAGCUCUGUCUCUACGGGAGGACCAUCCAAAUAAAAUGUCACCAUCAGCAGUUGUCAUACUGUAGAUGUUUAUAUUAUAGUCAUUGAAAAAGAGGAUGCCAUUCUUCGUGUAAGAUUUUUAUAAUUAUUUGUAUGUGUUUGUAGUUAUCGGUCGGUGCUGCACUGUUCAACGUGACGCUGUGGCCAGCCCCUUUGCUUGUAUUCCUCUUUAGCAGGCUCAGUACCUCCAAAGGGAUUCAUGUAUUUUCUCUAUUGAAAAGGGGAGUCUUUUUUUUUUUUUUACAAAAUGAGAACAUUAACAAGGGCCAUUAUCUCUUUAUAUUUGUUCUACCACUCUGUUGUGUUUGCCUUUUGUGCAAAAAUGUGUUGUCUGGUUUGUUGGUUGUGCUAUGAUCACAUAACAUGGGCUAUUCCAGAAAGACGGUGGUGUCAUUUUGUCUAGGUUUGUUAGUAGUGGGUCAGAGUAAGUUGUAGACUAAUCACCACAUACUCUGACUCACCACUCCACUUACUUAGAACACCCCCAUUUUUGUAUUAUAAGCUCCUGUUUGCAUUUUUUUUGUAAAGAAAACUACGUUUCUGUAGAAUGUGAUCUGUGUCAUUAGGUUGAAAUAUGAAAUAUCAUAUCCAUGACAAACUGAGAUGAAUAAAGACAAUUGGACUUUGGACAAAGGUCUCCGGUCAUGUGUUCAGUCAGCUCCCAAUCAUGAGGUGACAUUUUUAUUACACUGUUUGUGCAGUACCAGUGUCAGACAGCAGAUGGCGGAAAAGCUCCAUCACUCCAUUGGGUGACAUCAUUACGUAAAAAUGCAAUGUGCUCUGCAAAUAGAAUAGGCUCAGGAGAGCAGCCACUUCGCCUGCCUCUCCCUCCUUCUC